UUGAGAGCUACAGAAAUAGUCAGUCAGAAGUGGUUUCAUAGGUAUUAAUCAAAACAAACCAGCAUUGCGUUCUUACUUGUUGAUUGCAUUGCUUUCUUUUCAUUAAAAAAAACCGUAAAGGGCCUGUUAUUGACUGAAUAAGAAACAGACCAGAAUCCAUAAAAUAUGAGAUACGCUCAGCUCGUGAUUGGUCCUGCUGGUUCAGGCAAAUCCACUUAUUGCUCUACUGUUGUGAAGUACUGUUCUGAUGCCCAAAGGUUUGUCAAGGUUUUCAAUCUUGAUCCGGCUGCUGAGUGUUUUACUUAUGAACCUAUUGCUGAUGUAAGAGAAUUAAUACAAUUGGAUGAUGCUUUGGAAGAUGAAGAAUUGCAUUAUGGUCCAAAUGGUGGUCUUAUAUUUUGUUUAGAAUAUCUUACUGCUCAUUUGGAAUGGCUCACUGAACAACUGGGAGACGAACAAGAUGAUUAUAUUUUGUUUGAUUGUCCAGGUCAGAUUGAACUCUACACACAUUUAGAUGUAAUGCCUAAAAUUGUUGCUCACCUGCAACAGUUGGAUUUUAUUGUCUGUGGUGUAUUUCUUAUUGAUUCUCAAUUCAUGAUUGAACCUUCAAAAUUUAUAUCUGGUCUCAUGAGUGCAUUGUCAGCAAUGAUAACUCUAGAAAUUCCUCAUGUAAAUGUGCUUUCCAAGAUGGAUUUAUUGACAAAGCAUACAAGAAAACAAAUCGAAAGAUAUUUAGAUCCAGAUUUACAAUAUUUGUUGGAAGAUGAACAAUGUGCUUGCAAGUGGGGCAAGAAGUUUUCAAAACUAAACAAAGCAAUUUGUAGUCUAGUAGAAAAUUAUAGCAUUGUGAAGUUUUUACCAUUAAAUAUCAAGAAUCAGGAAAGCGUCGGUGACCUUCUACUCACAAUUGACAAUGCAAUACAAUAUGGAGAAGAUUUAGAUGUAAAAGUUAAGUAUCCUGAAGAAAUAGAUGACAUGGAAGACAAUGAUAUGGAUUAUACAUAGUGUUGUAAUUAAUUAAGCAUAAAUGUUUUCAAUGCUUCUAUACUUUGUAACAUAUUUUUCAUAAAAUCCAUUUGUAAAUAAUUUAAGAUUUUUUUUAAAUAAAUCACUUAUUGAAAUAUU